CUUGACACCGCCUAGACAAACAGGACCAUCAGUGACAGCGGCACUUUGAAACAGUACAAGCCGAGGGCACUUCAGAUUGGUGCGCACUUUAAUUCCAAAAGCAACGAAGCUUAUUUUCCUCCCCAAUAAUUUAUAGAAACAAGGUGGAUCUCGCGCCGCUGAAAUUUAUCUGAAAUUAACAAGACUUGGGGGAGAAGUUUAGACCUCUUUUUGUUUGCACAAGAUUUCUUUUAAGUUUGUUUUUUAAUUAGUAGAUAGGGAAAAGGUUUUGUUUAUUAUUUACGCUUUUUGGUGCAGGAGAUGGAAACUUUCGCCUAUCUGGUCCUUGUGUUUUGUAUUGCGGCGGGGGUGAAAGGUAGCUGUGGACCUGAGUGUCACUGCCCCGACACCCCUCCAACCUGUGCUCCGGGCAUCAGCCUGAUGAUCGAUGGUUGCAACUGCUGCAAGGUCUGCGCGCGGCAGUUCAACCAGGACUGCAGCGCCAUGGAACCAUGCGACCACAUCAAGGGACUCGAGUGUAACUAUGGCUCAAAUGACGGGGCAGCCCGAGGCAUCUGCCGAGCAAAAUCCGAAGGGAGGCCUUGUGAAUUUGCUGGGAAUAUCUACCAGAAUGGAGAGAACUUUAAACCCAACUGCAAGCACCAGUGUACCUGUAUCGAUGGUGUGGUGGGUUGCAUGCCACUGUGUCCUCAAGAGUUCACCCUACCAACCAUGGACUGCUCCAAGCCUCGGCUGGUCAAGGUGCCAGGCCAGUGCUGUGAGGAAUGGGUUUGUGACACCAACCACAUCGGUGAAGACUCUGGAGACAGCACCGAGGAAGCGGAUGACUCAAUGAGUUAUGAAGAGAUUGGAGACCAGCCAGAUGCAGAACCUCUAUCGAGCAAGGAGCUGACUGAUCUUGUUAGAGCAGGCUUGCAGAUAGAACCAGCCUGGAGAGUGCAGGGCCGUGACCUUAACUCAAAAUGCCUGGUACAGACCACUGAGUGGUCGCAGUGCUCCAAGACCUGCAGCAUUGGGAUCUCCACCAGAGUGACCAGCGACAACCCCCAGUGCAAACUGAUGAAAGAGACGCGCCUUUGCCAGCUCCGCCCCUGCGACCUGUCACUCCACACCAACCUCAAGAAGGGCAAGAAGUGCUUCAGGAUGAAGAAGGCCAAGGAGGCCAUGCACUUCACCUAUGCUGGGUGUACCAGCGUGCGGAGGUACAAGCCACGCUGGUGUGGCUCAUGCACGGACGGCCGCUGCUGCACCCCAUCGCAGACCCGUACCAUCCACGUGCGCUUCCGCUGCGAGGACGGUGAGACCUUCUCCAAGAGCAUGAUGUGGACCGACAAGUGCCAGUGCCAUUACAACUGUGCCUACCAGAAUGAGAUCUCCUACCCUUACUACAUGCUGCACAAUGACAUCCACAAGUUCUCUGAGUAAGCAAGACAAUGGGAAAGCAAACUGCUGUGUUGUCAAGACUGGCACCAACUUGCCAUGCCCACUACUCAACUUUGCUGGCUCUUCACUGGCAGUCAUACCAGUUCAGUUCAUUGACCUAUUUACCCAACCCUAAAGACUAGACUGAUGGCCAUUGGCAGCAUUGCUCCUGUGGCACAAUUGAAUUUUGAUCAUCAGGCUAGCAAUGGCUAUUUGUCAUGCCUGUUAACCUUGAGUUCCAGUGGUCCAUGCACAGUACACCUACCAUAACUUUUCAUCUUUAGCUGGUCUUUUGCUCCAAUUGCCCUGCAAACCAGCUGGCCAGUUGAACAAGAAGAUUGUAUUAACCAGAAAGGAUCUGGGGGGGAGAAAAAAGCAAGAUCUUCCAAUUGAUUCAAAGAAUGGCAUUGGCUGUUAAGAUUUGCACCUCUGAAAAUGAAUUUUAAAAAAAACACAGACUCCAUCUAAUCAGGAAACACGUCUUCAAACUACGAUUGAAUAGGUUGGUUUGUGACUUGAAUCUCUUCUAAACCAGUUUUCAGGCUUGGUUUAGAAAAGAUCAAAAAAGAAAUUCGUAUUGAGAUUUUCUCCUUGACUAAUUUAAUCAGAGUUAGCUUUGUAAAUAAAGCCACAGAUGUUUUUUUUAAUGUUAUUUAAGGUCAUUGGACAUAGUUUCUCUUUGAAGUUGAGAACAGGAUUGACACAUCCAGUGGAUAUCUUGAAUGUAGUGCAGACAAAAUAAGGGUUUCUUAUUUCUGAAUUGCGGCUGGUUUCUGUUCUUCCUCCAGGACAAUGUAGAAACCAUCCAAGACCUACUGAGGGGUUGGCCAUCUCUCAGCUUAAGAUGAGUAUCUCCUAGAUGGAAUGUAAUGAUUCAAUACAGCUCUCCUUGAGAAGGCUUGAGAUGAUCAGUGCUCAGGUUGAUUCUGCAGAGCCUUAUUGAAAGCUUUGUUUUAACUUUACAUUGAGACAUCAACUUCUUCUGAAAAUAUGUUCAAUGGCAUCAACAACUUCUGGUGGAUUCUAAGACAUUCUGCCAUAGCACUUCUGAAUGAGUGGAGAUUCAGGGUCUGACUGGUUUUCUGUUAGACAGGCAGAGCACUGUAAUCUGCUAUCAGUGACUGGCAUGAGUUAAUGAAGGUGACUGAGGGUAAAGUGUGAGGCAACUUAACCCAAUCUCUCUCUCUCUCUCUCUCUCUGAGAUUUGCAUGAAUAUUUUAUUCAUUUGUCAUUUCCCGAUUUUUGUGUUCUCUUACUUGCCUCAUGCCACACCAUUCUCACCAGGCAACGGAAUUAGGCAGUAACCUCUUGGCGUCAACUUUCUAAUCCAUCUCCCAAUUUUAACAAUCCUUGCUAGUGAGGAGAAGAAUGGUUUCAGGUUGAAUUGUUCAAGGUUAUGCUGCUUUGAAGUCAAUGGAGUUGAAUAUAACCCAUUCCAUUGUGUUGGUCUGGUUAGAGCUGGGCCUUGGGUGUUGAUAGCAUUGAUUUAUCCUCUUAAAAAAAAACUUUACCCUACCAACCCUGAGUUCCAAUAAUUAGUGUGUGAGGAAAAAACACCAAUAUAUGACAAUACUCUAGUGCAACAAAAUUCUACGUCCCCUAAUGGACUAUUUGUGCCAUUUCACUGCCACAUUUAAUGGGAGGUUCUUUGACUUUAAGAAACCUCAAGGAGCUGUCAUCAACUCUCCUCCAACACCGUAGCUGCUUGUAGUUGGGCAACUGUCUUCCUCUUGUUCUCCACAAUUGGAAAUCCAUUACCUGAAGGCUUUUGCAAUUGGACAGAUAUGGGGAAGCUCUUUCAGUAGUUGAGAAUAAAGGGAGACAUCCUUGAAAGUAGAACAGCACCACUUAGGAGGCAAAUGAGGGGCACUUUUCCUACAAGCAGUUGUGGGAGUCUGGACAUCUCUGUCCCAAAAGGCAAUGGAGGUUGGGUCAAUUAGGUUUUCAUAAAUGGGAUUAACAAUGAUUUGCCAGAUAAGGGUAUUGGGUAUUAUGGAUAAAGAUUGGUAAAUGUACAGAUCAUCCAAGUUCCAACUGAAUGAUCAGGCAGACAUGGUCAGCUGAAUGGCUGUUCCUCUUGCUACAGCCUUAGCUUUGUGUCUAAGUAUGGGAGAGUCAGGAACUUCACAUGAAGCAGUUGGCAAAUGUUUACCUGAGAUAUUCAACCUUUUUAUAGGGGGAGGACAAAGGUAUCUUUUGCACAGAACUGUUAUAUUGGUAAACAGAUGGAGAGAAAGUGUUUGCCAAAUGCUUUUAUUGUGAAUUUGAUGCAAUAGCAAUAAAAAUAUCUAUUUGUUUAUUUAGCAGGGUGAGCAGCCAUUUCAACCCACUUUUUUUCCCUAAAUUCCUAAAUGCUGCCUGAGUGUGGGGAGAUAAAAUUUGAAGCUUGACAGUGGGCUAUUUCAUUAGAGAGGGUCUUUAAUUUUGGGCCAGUGAAAUCCAGACAGGAGAGCUAAGCAUCCCAUUACAAAGCAGAGCCCUCUGUUAUAAGGAGACUAUUCUAAAAGGCCCAGGCCUUGGAGUUAUAGAAACACACAUCUGUUAAGGCAUUAGAGAUUAACUCUUGAAUGUGCACUGUGCAACGUGAGAUGUGAAUAUUUUAGUUUCGGGCAGCUAUUGCCUGUGCACUGAGGUGAACCUUCCUACAGAAAGUCUAUUUAAUUUGUGCUCUUGUUAUUUCCUUCCCCCUACCCCCAGCUCCCUAAAACAAACUUCACUGCAGUGGAGUGAUCCAAAUUGAACAUGCUUCAUUGUUGAAGUGCGAUGAGACAACUGUAGAGGGUUAUGUGUAGUAAAUAUUCUGUGUGUGUGUAUAUUUAAAGACUUCUGUACUGUAUGUGUUUUAAUAUAUUUCUCGGUGUCUGCCAGUAUUAAUGUAAUGUGGAGAUGUGGCUGUAUUGUUAUCUAACCAAUGUUAGAAUAGAUGUGUGCAAACCAGCACUCAAGUGUGGGUCUAUAACUUUACUAAGAGCAAACUUAGAAUAGAACAACCUUGCCAGGUAGAAUGUGACCUUGGUGUGUUUGAGUUGGUCUGGGUUGUAGGUGCUACAGAUCAAGAUUAUUCAACUGAAGUAAAACCUUGGCUUAAUUAGGAGCUGUUCCUCCCCUGGUAGACUGUAGCGCACAUGCCUUCCAUUUCAAGACUAAUGAUGGUUUAAAGGUUUUUGGUUUUAGAUGUGAAAGGAGGUGGGAGUUUGGAAACUUUGAAUGCACUUGUCCCAAAUUUGGCACUGCAUCAGGAGUCUCUCAGACACUUGCCAGCAAGGAACAGGAGGUGUCACUCUUGAGGCCUGGCUUAUCCAACAACUCUGUUCACUUCUGUUUCAUGGCCCUUGCAUGAUAUGUCAGUCCCAGCGUCAGAGAAGACCUAUCCGCAAUACAAAGUGGAAGCAGACCUGGCUCUUUUAUUUAAAUAAGCAGAACAGGUUCUAAUAUCUAUCCCUGUUCCCGUAUUUUCAGAUACGGGAGAAGGGAUAAGUGGGUGGUAGUGAUGUAAACUGGGAGAUGACACAAAGAUGUUGGUCCUCUGUGACACAAACUAAACUAAGGUUUCCUUGAGGGAAUUGCUUCCUACUUGUUCUGUCAUCUACUUGUAACAGGCUGAGGAAAAAUUCCAGGUAGUGAAUCCGUAGAGGAAUGUUGUACCUGGAAUCACACAAUGAGUAAUAUAAAACACCCUGGAAUCUCUAACUCGAGUUCUUAAUGAUCAGGGUGAAAGUAAAUUUCUUUCCGGUGUGGUGGUGUUGUUAACGUUGUACUGUUUGCAUUGGUACGCUGAACUGACCCACUUUCACCUCUGCCUAUAACCUGAGCAGUCUGCAAAUGCAAAGAAAGUGAAAUCCCUUCUGAGAACAGAUAGAAGGCACUAAGACAGCCCUGGGGCCCCAGCAGGAAGCCCUGUGUGGAGGUCAAGUGCAUCGGGAACACUCUGCAGUGGGUGCAGUGAUCUUCCUCCCCCUCAGUCUUCAUGCCCAAAAGCUCGACUGUUUCACUGGCUUGGACUACAUCUCUCUGUUGUAACACCUCCCUGAUUUUGAUGGCCAUGCUCGUAGGUCACCAUACAGAGACAUUCUCAAACAUUCUGGAGACCAGACGAUUGAACACUAGGGUAAGAAUAGCAAUAAAACCCAUUGGGAUCCCCAGCCUGGAACUGCUUUACUGUCAACGUGACAACACUGAACUGGUGGCUACAGAGCGGCUGUGUGGGGUAGCGCAAAGGGCAAGCCACCAGGACAAGUGAAUCAGAUCCUGAAGUAGGAGACUAGGUUGGCCGGGGUUGUGGGAAUACCAGUAAAGUGGGGUGGGGAACCUGCAGUAACAGUGCCGACAGAAAUGAUCCUUCAGCCCAUCUCACUGUCCUCAGAUAUCCCUCUUGUGGUUACAUGCACAUUAUUUGAGGCAGGGGUUCUGUUUGUAGCUACCCUACUAAUAAUGACAACCCAGCACACUCCCUGGGUCUAAAUUCCAGAUGUACUUGGGGCUGAAUUUGUUCACUCCCUUCAACGUGACCCUAAUUUUCUGCCUUAUACUGAAUGCAGCCACAUUCUAUCUCCCUGGGUCUGCCUGCAAUCUUUUACUGCUCUCUUGUUAAUAUCUUAUUUCAAUAUGUUUGCAGAUGAAUAAUGUACAUACUGAUGUUUUGCACAUAUUGUAAUUAGAAUAAUACCUUUAUGGAAACAUAAAUACUUAAUUUCUUAAUAAAUAUUUUAAACAUUUUAUAAUAAAGAA